ACUUCCGGUGCGGAAAUCUCUGCUGAUCAGGCGCUGGAUCUGAUAACCUGGAUCUGUAUGGGAUAUGUUCUGUAUAAAUGACAGAUUCCAUAUCCAACGUCCUUUUUUACGAAACUUGGAUUUACUGUUUUCCCAAUGUUGAAAUCGUCGAUCGUUGAAACUUUUUUUUAGCGUUUCACUACUAUAAACGCUACUUAUAGAUAUGCAGUCAGUUAAAUAUGAUAUAAUAUUCUAUGUUCGUAAUCAGCUUGUGGUUUAGCUCGUUCAGAAAUGUCCACGAUUGGACGUCGAACGCUUUGAGACUCACCGGAACUGUUUAAUAACUACAAUGGACAACUUUCAUUACGGAAAUAUUAAGAUGUUUAUAAUUGUCGUUUCGUUACUCUUGGAUGGUGUGUUUGGUGUUGAUGAAGUGAAGUCAUUGUCAGUGAUGGAGGGAGAUUCAGUCACUCUACACACUGAUGUUACUGAAAUACAAACCGCUGAUCUGAUAACGUGGACGUUUGGACCUGAAAGCACUCGUAUAGCGCAGAUCAACAGAUUGGUUAAUAAGAUCUCAUAUUAUGAUGUUCUUGGUGGGAGAUUCACAGACAGACUGAAGCUGAACAAACAAACUGGAUCUCUGACCAUCACAAACACCACAACUGAACACACUGGACUCUAUGGAUUUUUACAGAUCAUCGGUGGACAAGAGGUCUCACCCAAAAAAAUCAGUAUUAUUGUUUCUACUCGUCUGCCCGUUCCUGUCAUCAGCAGUAACUCUUCACAAUGUUCUUCAUCAUCAUCUUCUUGUUCAUUGUUGUGUUCAGUGGAGAAUGUGGGUCAUGUGACUCUCUCCUGGUACAAAGGAAACAGUUUAUUGUCCAGCAUCAGUGUGUCUGAUCUCAGCAUCAGUCUCUCUCUACCUCUGGAGGUGGAAUAUGAGGAUAAAAACACCUACAGCUGUGUGAUCAACAGUCCCAUCAGCAACCAGACUCAACAUCUGGACAUCGGUCAACUAUGUCACACAUGUUCAGGUUUGUCUGCAGGUUACAUAGCGCUGGUUUGCUUUUGUGCUCUGGCUGUGACUGCGGCUAUGACUGUUUUGUGUGGUAUUUUCUAUUGCUAUCACCACAGGACAUCUAAUCAAGCAGGUAAUGAGUGCCAGCCUGAUGGAGAAGAACAUAUUAGGCUAAACAAUGCAGAUGGAGAAACACCUAAUCAGGAGGGACAAUCACAGAACAAUUCUUUUGUGGAGAAAGAUGAAAUUAAGUCAGUGUCAGCGAUGGAGGGACAAACUGUCACACUACACACUGAUGUUACUAAAAUACAGGAAAAUGAGCUGGUACGUUGGAAGUUUGCUGAUUCCAAACUAUACAAACUUGCUGAGUUUUUUGUCAUAGCUAAGUGGGACAAAACAAACAAUGAGGAAUACCUACAUGAUGAGGAAAAAUUCAAAGACAGAUUGCAACUGGACCACAAUACUGGAUCUUUGACCAUCACAAACAUCACACCUGAACAUUAUGGACAUUACAAACUGCACAUCACCAGCGAGGGACAGAAGAUCUCAAAGACAUUCAAUCUUGUUGCUCAUGUGCCAAAGAAAAGAGAGAGUACAAUCUUGAGGAGAGAAACUUGCCCUUAAUAACAGAAUGGGAGUAUAUACCCUGGAAUAUAAUCCACAUUUCAAUUCAGUUGCAAAAACAAUGGAAUAUAGUUCUACUUUUUUAUACAGGCAUCUAAAAUCCCAAAUAUACCUUAUGUAUUUGCAGUUUAAGCUGACAUAAAACAGUAGUUUGUCACACUACACCUAUCUGACAAGAGACGGUGGCUAAAUACACAUUAAUAAACAGCCAAACUAUUGUCACACUGAAUGGAAGCCCUGAAAAAAAUACAACUGAAAUACAAAAAUAUAUUUCAUGCAUUCACAAGGUGUCCUGAAAGAACAACAAAACUAUUUCUUUUUUUCACUAUUUAAUUUUGGUGUCAUUGCUAUUUAUAUGUAUUGUAAAAAAUGUAUAUAUAAUAUAACAUUUUAUUUUUUAUUUGUACAGCUUUUUAAAUUGUAUUUUUAUGCAACUUAUUUAUCCCUGUUUCGGAACAAAGCAAACGAUCUACAGGUGAUGUUUGAACGUUUCUUGCCCUCUUGUGGGCAAACUAAAAAGUUGUGCCGUUUCAAACAGUAAAUGACACUGCAAUUUUGAUCUCAAAGUUCAAUUUCAGCCUGAUUAAGAACAAAAUAUACACU